AUGGAGUACACAGAGAAAUUAAGAUUUGCUGUGAGUUGUUCGAGUAAUAUGAAUCGAAGCAUGGAAGCACAUAGUAUUUUGAAAAAACGUGGUUUCAACAUAGAAUCAUAUGGUUCUGGUAAUCAAGUCAAAAUGCCUGGACCAUCAGCGGAUCGUCCGAAUUGUUAUGAAUUCGGACCGACAACUUACGACCAUAUCUACGCAGAUUUGUGCGCAAAGGAUUUUCAAUUUUAUACUCAAAACGGGCUUCUGAGUAUGGUCGAUAGAAAUAGACGGAUUAAAACUCGUCCGCAACGAUUUCAAUUAGAAACGAGAGAAUUUGACAUUGUUUUUUGUUUGGAAGAACGAGUGUAUGAUCAGGUUGUCGAUCAUCUCACAAAAAGAAUAAGCACCUCCGGGAACCCAGUUCACAUAAUCAACGUCGACAUUGAAGAUAAUCCUGAAGAAGCUACUCUUGGAGCGUUUUUUGUUGCUGAAAUAGCAGAUAAGCUCGAGAAAUGUGUUGACGUCGACAACGAUAUCGACCAAAUUCUCACCGACUUCGAGGAGCGACACACGAGGCGAAAUAUACUUCAUACUGUUUGUUUUUAUUAA